CUUAUAUUUUUCGCCCAACUCACGCCGGCUCUGCUUCCUUUCCCUUUUCCUCCUCUCAUUCGAAUCUCCGUGAAUCGUCAUCAUCCACAUCCUUCAAAAUGUCCAACGAGCAGACGUAAGUUGAUGCUCCUCAUCCUUCCCCUUCCUCAUGCGUUGACUGGUCUCGUUCUCUCUGUCAACUAUGUGUCGAUUAUCUACCCACAUUGACAACGCUUGACCUCGACCCAACGCCCAUCUGCAUCGACCUCGAAGCUAACAACCGGACACAGCUUCAUUGCCAUCAAGCCCGAUGGUGUCCAGCGCGGACUCAUUGGCCCCAUCCUCUCUCGCUUCGAGAACCGUGGCUUCAAGCUCGUUGCCAUGAAGCUGUGCUCUCCUUCCCAGCAGCACCUCGAGCAGCACUACGCUGACCUCAGCGACAAGCCCUUCUUCAAGGGACUCGUCUCCUACAUGCUGAGCGGCCCCAUCUGCGCCAUGGUCUGGGAGGGCCGUGAUGCCGUCAAGACCGGCCGCACCAUCCUCGGUGCCACCAACCCCCUCGCCUCCGCCCCCGGCACCAUCCGUGGUGACUACGCCAUCGAUGUCGGCCGCAACGUCUGCCACGGUUCCGACUCCGUCGAGAACGCCAAGAAGGAGAUUGCCCUCUGGUUCAAGCCCGAGGAGCUCCAGAGCUGGAAGCAGAGCCAGUUCGACUGGAUCUACGAGAAGGCCUAAAUCUUCUCAUCUCAGCUUUGCCAUUUCGGAGCCUACCGACCCUCGAGCAUGUGGGAGGCGGCGCUCUUUAGAUGAAACAAUCUAGAAAACCCAAAAGCCCGAUGAGAAAUACAAGUCAUUUCCAGAUCUA